ACUGCAAUAUAUUUAAAGUGUACAACGUGACGAUUUGACACACAUUGUGAAAGGGUUACCACAACUGAGUUGACACAUUCAUCACCUCACUUUUUGUGUGUGUGAGAACACUCAAGUUCCACUCUUAGCAAUUUCCAAUUAUACAAUAUGGUAUUAUUGGCUGUAGUCACCAUAUUAUACACUAGACCUCAUUCAUCUUACAACUGAAUUUGUACCUUUUUACCAGCCUCUCCCCAUUCCAUUUUCCCUAACCUGGGAAUAAAUUUAUGUCCUUUAAAGCAAGGCUUACUGGAGAUGCUUUGAAUUCACAAAGCUUUUUCACAUUCAUUCUAUCAUACCGCCUUCACAACAACCCAAAGCAAGAAAGUGAAGCUCGGAGAAUUGCUCAAAAUUGCAUAACUAAUAAGUAGUGAGGCCAAGUUUUGAACCCACAUCUUUUGGCCUCAAGCCCAGGGUGCCUUUCUGAAUGAUUUUAGUGUUUAAUGUACCAGCUGGACGGACGGACAUUGCUGGCUUUGACUCUGCUUGUGGGAACUUGGAUAAGUUAGUUACUCUCUCUGACUUCAUGCAAAUUGGAGAACAUAACAAACUAUCACUCUAGUUGUAGUGAAGUAAUGAUGCCAUAAUGUGUGCAAAGUGCUCGCAAGGUGCUGGACAUCAGUGCUCCUUCACCGCUAACUAUUAUUUGCAAUACGAAAUGAUCAAGGUCCUUUAAGGUCUAGUUUAGAAUGAUAAAAAUGUGAAAGGGGGGAUCCAUAAAAGAAUUUACAAAGGAUGCUUAGGCCUUGGACUCAUCACCGGAGACAGGAGUUAGUGAUGACAAAGGGCGCGAGACUGGGAGAGUAGUGUUGCCACUGACAAUGGAAAUGGAGAGGCUGACAGAGGGAGAGAUGCCCUAAAUCCAGGGAAUAGUGUGGCCUUAAGACUGGAGCUCAGAUGGAGGCCAUUCUUUCAGACGGUGGCUGUGUCAUUCCAAGGCAGGUAGUCACUGACAUUAUCAGAUGAGCCAUCAGGUGAGGAGACACUGAGGAACAGCAGAGAACUAAGGACUGGACUUUGAAAUCUGCCAACACUUGGAGUGCAGCAAGAGGCAGAUAGACAUGAGAUGACUGAGGUCUGGAUGAGCAAGGAGCAUGACACACAUGUCAGAAGCAAGUGGGGAGACUUACCAGGAGUAGGGGGAGUGGGAAGCAACAAUUAACUUAGGCCCAGACGUCAAUGAGAACAAGUCGCCCCGGUUGAUAGAAUGAGGGGGAUAAUACUUCCUACCGAAUCAUGACAAUUUUUCCAUUAGUGUCUCUCACUUCUGCUGCAGCUUACAAAAAAUGAGUCUAAGAAAGGUUGCUCGCUGUGGAGAACACAGACGUAUAUCGGGAUGAACUCACAAGUUUGGCAGUGGAACUGCACCGACUGUAGCCUUCCUGACUCCCAUUUGGGGCCUAAGAACCUUUUUCUCAGGCCUUUUCUCUCUUGGAACCUGUACCAGGCUCCAUAUGAACAUUCCCCCCAUGUUAUUCUCACUUCAACCCUCAAAGGCUUUAUCUCAUUUUCCAAAACAGGUCAUGGAGUCUUCGAGGACUUCUCCAAAGCCAAGCUCAAACAGAGGAAUCGGCCCACCCCAAGGCCAGAACCACACCAGCCCCGCGCCCCUGCCCUGCCGGGUCAGGCCCCCCAGCGCGAGGCAGGGCUUCCGGGCACUAGGGGACGUCGUCGCCGUCACUCGAGGCGAAGUGGCCCAGCCAGCUGCGCGCUCCCCGGAAGGCUGGCGCGCACUCCCACCUGCUCGCUAGGACUGCCGGGUGAGGCCCCAAGACCCGGCGCCAGGCCCCGGUGUCCUGGCAACAGCCAGGUAAAGGGAAACAAGGAAAAGGCCCGGACAAAUCUCGCGGGAAGAAACAGAAGAAACCGGAAGUGGACAUUCUCAGCCCAGCUGCCAUGCUGAACCUCUACUACAUCGCCCACAACGUUGCCGACUGCCUGCAC